UCUUUAAAAUUGUCAGAAAACAAUAUCAAAUUUCAAAAGUUACCCCAAAUCUCUCCGUCUCUCUCUAAGCGUCCAUUUCAGGCGAUUUUUCGGCGAGAUCUACGACCAGGUUGGAAUUAUUAUGCUUUCUGGAUUCAUACACAUUAGUUACCUGAAGGACAUGAAAAUCUACUAGCUUUGAUUUGAUUGGAUUACAACUGCUGGUAAAGAGUGGAUCUGGAGGAGAUUUCCUUGGUGGAUUCCACAAAGCAUGUUGAUUUGAUUUUGCAGGAUUUGCUGCAGUAAUUCCUCUGGGGCCAAAAAUAUCUUGGUGAAUUUCCUUCUAAUUGCAAGUAGAUAUGCAACAGACUGGCGUGAAGGAUACCCAGCUCCGAGACAGCAAUAACCAAAAGGUCCACCCCCAACCCAUGGAAGAAGCUGCAAAUCAGAAUCCGGAAGCUAUGGAAGCGCUAGUAUCUAAGAUUUUUACCAAUAUCUCGUCCCUGAAGUCUGCCUACAUUCAACUUCAAUCUGCUCAUACUCCUUACGACCCAGACAAGAUUCAAGCUGCCGAUAAACUUGUGAUUUCCGAGCUGAAGAAUCUCUCAGAACUCAAGCAUUUCUACCGAGAGCAUAACCCCAAACCUGUGUGCGUUUCUCCACAGGACUCUCGCUUAGCUGCUGAGAUUCAGGAACAGCAGAGCUUGUUGAAGACUUAUGAGGUCAUGGUGAAAAAAUUCCAGUCUGAAAUUCAGAAUAAAGACUCCGAGAUUGUUCAACUGCACCAGAAAAUCCAAGAGGCAAGUCAGAAGCGGGUAAAACUGGAGAAGAACCUCAAGCUUAGGGGCAUGUCAACCAAAGAAUUUAAAGAUGGUGUCGAUGAAGAUGGGAUAUUUUCUUUGGACUUAUCCCCUGAUCUUUUCAAGUCAGCAGUGGAAGCUGCUUAUAAAUCCAUUCAUGAUUUUUCCAAGCCAUUAAUCAACAUGAUGAAAGCAGCUGGGUGGGAUCUUGAUGCGGCGGCAAACUCCAUAGAGCCGGACAUUGUUUAUGCAAAGAGAGCUCACAAGAAAUAUGCCUUUGAAUCCCAUAUUUGCCAAAGAAUGUUCUUGGGGUUUCAGGAUGAAAGCUUCUCCGUGAAAUCGGAAAAUCCAUCAGGCACCAAAGAAAGUGUAUUCCACCAAUAUCUCGCCUUAAGAGAAAUGGAUCCACUAGAUGCCGUAGGGCAGAGUCCAGAUUCCAUUUUUGAGAAAUUUUGCCGGAGCAAAUACGUAGUUGUCGUUCACCCAAAGAUGGAGGCUUCGUUUUUUGGAAACCUAGAUCAGCGGAACUAUGUGAUGGGAGGUGGUCAUCCGAGGACAGCUUUUUACCAGGCUUUUCUAAAACUGGCAAAGUCAAUUUGGCUUUUGCACAGGUUGGCACAUUCUUUUGAUCCCUCAGUUAAGAUUUUCCAGGUCAAGCGAGGCGCUGAGUUCUCGGAAGUUUAUAUGGAAAGUGUUGAGAAAAAUUGUGUCAUUGAAGAUAGCGAUCAGAAGCCUAAAGUGGGUCUAAUGGUUAUGCCGGGUUUCUGGAUUGGCGGUAGUGUGAUCCAGUCCCAAGUCUAUCUUACGGGCAUGAAGAUGGCAGAAUGACUUGCUCUCUCGGAUGGAAGUUCGUCAAACAUGUACGCAUGUGUGUGGUUUUAUGACAAUUUGAUACCUUGUCUGACUGUAUUGUUCCACGCUUGUAGUAGUUUAUUAUUUGUUGUUGCGUACUCGUCGUUUGAUAUGGAAUAUGCUGCCAUUUAUUUCAGAUCUCCUCCUCCAUA